AUGGCUCAAAAAACCUGUUCAUCAUCAUCUUCAUCCAUCCAAACGUGGAGUUGGGAUGUCUUUGUUGCUCUAUACCGGAAUGGGAUUCGCACCUUCAGAGAUGACCGUGAGAUAGAGACAGAAGAAGCUAUCUGGACCGAGCUUGAGAAGGCAAUCGUGACAUCCAGGAUUGAUGUUAUAGUGUUUUCGAGAAACUACGCUGCUUCAAGCAGGUGUCUCAAGGAGCUGGAAAAAAUCAUGGAAUGCAGACGGAGCUUGAAGCAGAUUGGGAGUUUGGAGAAGGUAUUUGCCAGUCAUGAGGAGCGAUUCGGAUUAGACAAGGUGCGGAGGUGGAGGGCUGCUUUGACUGAGGCUGCAAACUUGUGUGGGGAAGACUUGCAAGAUGCUUCACAUCGGCAACGAGGGUUGGGCUCAUGUCUGGUAUUAGAGUGGGUCCCACAGGAAACUCUUUGCAGAGUCUUUGCUGAUGAUACCCUGGUCUUAUGUGAUGCUGAUCUUGGUCAGAUUUUGUUUCCCCGGCUGGUGCUGUUUUGGUUUGAAGUAGUUUCUGGGCUGAAAAUUAAUAUGGUUAAGUCUGAAUUGGUCCCUGUGGGUGUGGUUCCAAAUAUAGCAGAUAUGGUGGAUGUGCUAGGGUGCAAGCAAGGCUCCUUGCUGGCGAAAUAUUUAGGUCUUCCAUUGGGUGCUAAUGUUAGAAAUAGAUCUAUUUGGAAUCCAAUUAUUGAGAAGAUGGAGAGGAGUUUUGAGUCAACAUUUAUGGAGGAAAUUAUUAAAGAUAUUUUCAAUAAACUAGAUCUGGCAUACUUCAGGGUUGCAACCUACCCAGUUGGGAUUGAGUCUCGACUGCAAGGUCUCGACAGGCUGUUAAGCAGGGAUUCAGGUGAUGUUUGCAUGGUCGGCAUUUUGGGCAUUGGUGGCAUGGGGAAAACAACAAUGGCCAAAGCUAUCUAUAACCUACUUCACAGUGAAUUCGAAGAAAGUUGCUUUCUUGGAGAUGUAAGAGAAACUGCUAAGCAACCAGAUGGUCUGAUAAAAUUACAGAAGAAAAUUCUCUCCAGUGUCCAAGUAAAUGAUGGUAGAAAAAUAAGUCAUGUUGAUCAAGGAACUAUGGUAAUAAAAGAGAGAGUAUGGUCUAAAAGGGUUCUUCUUGUUCUAGAUGAUGUGGAUCAUCAGGAACAAUUGGACAAAUUAGCUGUAAGGCGUAAUUAUUUUCAACCAGGAAGUAGAAUUAUCAUUACAAUGAGAAAUGAGUCUUUGCUAAAUUUGUUUGAGGUGGAUGAGAGAUAUAUGCCACCAAAAUUGAAUCACCAUGAGUCACUUCUGCUCUUCAGUUGGCAUGCCUUUAGAAAAGACCAACCUAAUGAAGAUUUUGAAGAGCUUUCAAAGGAAGUAGUAGGUUAUGCCGAAAGGCUUCCAUUGGCACUUGAAGUUUUGGGUUCUCUUUUGUCAGACAAGAAAAAAUCUGAAUGGGAAAGUGCAUUGCAGAGAUUAAAAGUAACAAUUCCCUGUAAAAUCCAAGAAAAACUUAAAGAGUAA